ACCCCUCUCUCUCACGUCCAACCCAUCCUCUUCAAAUAGUAUUUCCAAGAAUUAACAUAUCAUCCCUCUCUCCCUUCCUUUGCUUUCAAUCCAGUUCUUCUCUAUACUCAAUUCAUUUUGACCCCGUGCAUCAUCGUCAGCACAAAACUAAGUACUCCUCUCCAAUUAUGAUAGUUAGCUUGGGAUCCGAGGAGUUAAAUCCAAGGCAGCAGAUAGAAGACUGAAUUGCUUCAAAAAAAAAAAAAAAAAACUCAUCUGGAAGCUGUAGACAUGGCCAAAGGAUCUUCAAAGUUUUCAAAGAAAAAAUCCAUGACAUUUAUAUGCCUCUUCAUGUUCAUGCUCAACUUCCACUUAUCCCACGGAGAGCAAGAGGUUGAGCUUCUGUUAUCCUUCAAAGCUUCACUCCACGACCCUCUUCAUUUUCUCUCCAACUGGGACACUUCCUCUGCCACCAUCUGCAAGUGGCAUGGCAUAACCUGCGACAACAACGUUAACUCUUCCCAUGUUAACGCUGUUGUGAUCUCAGGAAAAAACAUAACCGGCGAGGUUUCCUCCUCCAUUUUUCAACUCCCGUACGUUACAAACCUCGACCUUUCCAAUAAUCAGUUUGUUGGUGAAAUCACUUUUACCUACUCUCUCAAUUCUGUGUCUCCACUCCGUUACCUUAACCUCAGCAACAACAACCUCACGGGUUCUUUGCCUCGACCCUUGUUUUCCGUGCUUUUCUCAAACCUCGAAACUCUUGAUCUCUCGAACAACAUGUUUUCGGGGAACAUACCUGACCAAAUUGGAUUGCUUUCAAGCCUAAAGUAUCUUGAUCUCGGAGGAAACGUUUUGGUGGGAAAGAUUCCCAGUUCCAUCACCAACAUGACAACUUUAGAGUACCUCACGUUGGCUUCAAACCAGUUAGUGGAUAAGAUACCUGAAGAUAUCGGCGUAAUGAAGAGGUUGAAGUGGAUUUACUUGGGAUACAACAAUCUUUCAGGUGAGAUACCAAGUAGCAUUGGUGAGUUAUUAUCUUUGAACCACCUCGAUCUUGUUUACAACAAUCUCACUGGACCUAUUCCUCAGUCUCUUGGACACCUCAUCCAGCUUCAAUAUCUCUUUCUCUACCAAAACAAACUAAGUGGUCCAAUUCCCGGAGCCAUUUUCAAUCUGAAAAAGCUCAUUUCACUUGAUCUAAGUGAUAACGGUCUUUCUGGUGAGAUUUCUGAGCGCGUGGUUCAGCUCCAGAGACUGGAGAUUCUCCAUCUUUUCUCAAACAAGUUCACUGGGAAGAUUCCAAAGGCUAUUGCAUCUUUGCCUCGGCUUCAGGUUCUUCAGCUAUGGUCAAACGCAUUUACAGGUGAGAUUCCUGAGGAGCUAGGGAAGCAUAGCAACCUCACUGUUUUGGACCUCUCCACCAACAACCUCACAGGGAGGAUUCCAGAUAACAUAUGCGACUCAGGUAGUCUUUUCAAGCUUAUCCUCUUCUCAAACUCUUUCGAAGGAGAAAUCCCGAAGAGCUUAACCUCUUGCAGAAGCCUUCGCCGCGUGAGACUCCAAAACAACAAGCUCUCCGGAAAACUACCUCCGGAGUUGACCACACUGCCUCAGGUUUACUUCUUGGAAAUCUCUGGCAACCAACUUUCCGGAAGGAUCGAUGACAGAAAAUGGAACAUGCCGUCGCUUCAAAUGCUUAGUUUGGCUAACAACAACUUCUCAGGAGAAAUCCCAAACUCAUUCGGGACUCAGAAGCUAGAGGACUUGGACUUAUCACACAAUCGAUUCUCAGGUUCUAUUCCUGUUGGUUUUGAAACGUUAUCAGAGUUGGUAGAAUUGAAGCUCAGCUAUAACAACCUCUUCGGUGAAAUCCCUGAAGAACUAUGCGCGUGCAAGAAGCUUGUGGCCUUAGACUUGAGUCACAACCACCUCAGUGGCGAAAUUCCGGUGAAACUCUCCGACAUGCCGGUUCUGGGCCUCUUAGACCUGGCGGAAAACCAAUUCUCCGGCGACAUUCCGCAGAAUUUGGGAAGCAUGGAGUCUCUUGUUCAGGUAAACAUAUCACACAACCAUUUUCAUGGAAGCUUACCUUCCACCGGGGCUUUCCUCGCCAUUAACACGAGUGCAGUCGCCGGCAACAGCCUCUGCGACCGUGACGGCGACGCUUCAAGUGGUUUGCCACCGUGCAAAAGCAACAACCAGAACCCCACUUGGCUUUUCAUCAUGCUGUGCUUUCUACUAGCCUUGGUUGCGUUCGCGGCGGCUUCUUUUGUCGUGUUUGUCGUUCGUAGGAGGAAGAGCUUCUCCGAGGAGCGAAGAGUGGAGAACGAAGACGGAACAUGGGAAGUGCAGUUUUUUGACUCCAAGGCCGCGAGGUUGAUGAGCAUCGAGGAUGUUUUGUCGGCGGUUAAAGAAGGAAAAGUGGUUUCCAAAGGAAGAAACUGGGUUUCGUACGAAGGGAAGUGCAUGGAGGAUGACAUGCAGUUCGUGGUGAAGGAAAUUAGUGACUUGAAUUCGGUUCCGAUGAGUAUGUGGGAAGAGACAGUGAAAGUUGGGAAGCUUCGACACCCGAAUAUAGUGAAGCUUAUUGGGACGUGUAGGUGCGGGAAGAGAGGGUACUUGGUGUACGAGCACGAAGAGGGGAAUAAGUUAAGCCAAAUUUUCAACAGUUUGAGUUGGCAACGGCGCCGCGAAGUUGCUAUUGGCGUUGCAAAAGCGCUUAAGUUCUUGCAUUCUCACGCUUCGUCCAUGCUUUUCAUUGGAGAGGUGUCACCGGAGAUAGUUUGGGUCGACAAUAAAGGCGUCCCUCGCGUUAAACUCACCCCUCCCGCGGUGCCAUGUUUGGAUGUCAAGGGUUUCGUUUCUUCGCCCUACGUUGCUCAAGAGGGAAGAGAUGCGACGGAGAAGAGUGAGAUAUAUGGGUUGGGAGUGAUGGUGAUUGAAUUAUUGACGGGAAGAAGCGCCAUGGACAUGGUCGACAUAGAAGCUGGAAAUGGAAAUGGCAUGCACAAGAGCAUUGUGGAGUGGGCCCGCUAUUGCUACUCUGAGUGUCAUGUUGACACGUGGAUAGAUCCUGUGAUGAAAGGUGGAGAUGCAUUGACCUAUCAGAACGACAUCGUUGAGACAAUGAAUCUGGCGCUGCACUGUACCGCAACUGAUCCCACCGCAAGGCCACGCGCAAGAGACGUACUCAAAGCCCUAGAGACUGUUCACACCAACACAAACACUUUUUGUUGAGUUUCAACCUCAACUCUCUCAUUUCAUCAGCAUUCUCUGACCUUUGUUAUAGAUUUUCUCUUCUCUUCUCUUGUUCUUUUUUAUUUUUUAUUUUUAUUUGAGUUUUCAGUUUUGCUUUUUUUUAUUUUAUUAUAUAUAUAUAUAUAUAUAUUUAAUCCUUAAUUUGUUAAAAGUUUUUAGUUUAGCAUAAGUAAGUUGUUAAUGAAGGGAUUGCUAGGGAAAUGUUUGCUUUUGAUAUAUUUUAUGUAAGGUGCAUGCUUGACAUACCGCUGAUGAGUGUAAAAGUAAAUGUAAAUAAAUUGAAUGUGAUAAAUAAAUUAAGUAUAUGAAAUCAAU